CAUAACAUAACCUUACUUAUUCCAAAUUAUCAGAUAAUAUUCAAUUCGUUUACCGCUCAACCGUUUCUUGGGUUUUCUUAAAAUUAUUGGCUUAUUCAUAUAAGGUUAUUAUCGUUCAUCAUUUAAAUAUUUAAUUUGUGGCUGAUUUAAAGCAAUUCAAACAUGGCAAACGACAUUGACAAGUUUUUUGAUGCAGCUAUGAAAUACGCUUUACAAGGAGGAGAGUUGAUAAAAAAAGCCAACGAAGAAUCUACAAAGAGUUUUGAAUUCAAAUUGAGUGCCAUUGAUCUAGUGACAGAAACUGAUAAAGCUGUUGAAAAACUACUCAUUGAAGGAUUGUCGAAAGAUUUCCCUGAUCACAAGUUCAUCGGUGAAGAAUCGUCUGAGAGCAAGAUAACCCUGACUGAUGACCCAACAUGGAUCAUUGAUCCGGUUGAUGGAACCAUGAAUUUCGUCCAUGGAUAUCCGAACGUCUGCAUUUCAAUUGCUCUAGUUAUCAACAAAGUGACUGAAAUCGGAAUUAUUUACAAUCCAUUCAUCAACUGGAAUUUUACUGCGAAAAGGGGUCGUGGAAGCUUUCUCAACGAUAAGAAAAUCAGCGUCUCCAAAACAAAAGAAUUAUCUUUGGCCCUGAUUGGAUUCGAAUUGGGAACAAGUCGUAAUGAGGAGAAGGGAAAAGUAGUCCUGGAGAAUGUUAAUCGUUUAGCUCCUGUAGUCCAUGGGAUACGUUCGGCUGGGUCAUGCGCAAUGAACAUGGCUCUGGUAGCUAUGGGUGCAUCAGAUGCUUACUAUGAGUUUGGCGUGCAUGCUUGGGAUUACGCUGCCGGUGAUAUCCUAGUCAGAGAAGCUGGUGGAGUCGCCAUCGAUCCUGCUGGUGGUCCACUUGAUCUACUAAGCUGCAGAAUGCUAUGUGCUGCAACCCAGGAGCUAUCCCGUGAACUGGUCGAUAUAAUUGUCCAGUACUACCCCAAGAGAGACGACCAAUAAUUCCCUAACAAACUGCAACUAAAACAUUGUCAUCCUUAUAGAAUUCUUAAACUGUGUGCCAUAUUGUAAACAUAAUCACCAACAAACUGGAAUUCAAAAAUUGUCAUUGUUGAAGAAUAAUAAUAAUUUUAUAUUA